AUGGCUCCUGGCGCCGCCGGUGCCGCGCGGCUUGCGCUCCUGGCCCUGCUCUGGACUCUGCUGCCUGACCCCUCCCCCCCGCUUUUGAUUCCGGGGCCUGGAGGUGCCGGAACAUCAAUACAUCCUUCAAAAGCCAUCAUACCAGGAGGCUCUCUGAGGGUGCACUGCAGAAUCUCCUGUGACCAAAAGGCAAUUUUGAGCCUAGAGACUAAAUCAACCAAGAAGAUAGUGGACCGCAGGAACAGCUGGAAGGUUUUUGAACUGAGUGAUGUGCAAGAAGAUGACACGCGCAUCUCAAUGUGUCACGGUGAAGUGACGAUGGCUUCGAUGGACCUCACCAUACACUGGUUCCCGGAGCGCGUGGAGCUGGCUCCCCUGCCCCUCUGGCAGCCUGUGGGUGAAGAACUCAACCUGAGCUGCCAGGUGUCUGGCGGGGGCCCCCGGCACCACCUCUCCAUGGUGCUGCUCCAAGGGGAGGAGGAGCUGGACCGGCAGCCCGUGGGAAAGGAGGAGCCUGCCGAGGUCACGUUCAUGGUGCAGCCAAGAAGAGAGGACCAUGGCACCAGUUUCUCUUGCCGCUGGGAAAUGGACUUGCGGUCACAAGGGCUGGAACUCUUCCAGAACACCUCAGCCCCUAGGAAGCUCCAGACCUAUGUCAUGCCAUCGACCGACCCGCACCUUGAGGCCCCCCUGGUUGUGGAAGUAGGCUCACGGUGGCCGGUGAAGUGCACGCUGGAUGGACUGUUCCCAGCCUGGGACGCUGAGGUCUAUGUGCAGCUGGGGGACAAGAGGCUGGAAACCAUCAUCAUGUACCAUGAUUACUCCGUCUUGGCUGAGGCCUGGAUCGAGGGAAACGAGGAGGAAGAGGGCACCCAUUCCUUGAAGUGUCCAGUGAGUCUGGGGAAUGAGAUCCAAAAGACGCGAGAGAGCGUGAUCAUCAACAGUGGAUUUCUUAUCACUGAGCAACCCGGGAGUCCACACUCUAGGCUGUCAACACUGUUUAAGCCACUGUGGAGCUAGAGAAGGAAGAACCACGGUUUACGGUUUUUAAACAUUGGAAGGACUGAUGCUAAAGCUGAAACUCCAAUACUUUGGCCACCUGAU